AUGGCGGGUCGCUUGACUCUCAUCAAGGCGGUGCUAUCGUCUGUCCCCGUUCACUCAAUGAGUUCCAUUAUUCUGCCUCAGUCAACGUUGGCAAAUCUGGACAGAGUUUCACGGUCGUUUUUGUGGGGAAGCAGUGUGGAGAAGAGAAAGCCUCACCUCCUCUCUUGGAAGAAAGUAUGCCGCUCGAAGAAGGAAGGCGGACUUGGAAUCAGAGCCUCGAAGGAUAUGAACCUUGCACUAAUCGCUAAGGUUGGAUGGAGACUACUGAAAGACGAUCAUUCGCUCUGGGCUAGAGUACUGAAGAAGAAGUACAGGGUGGGUGACCUGAGGGAGCAGAGUUGGCUCAAGCCUAAGAGUAAUUGGUCAAUCCUGUGGAGAGGAGUGGCCAAAGGAAUAAGAGAAGUAGUGGUGCCGGGUCAUCGAUGGAUUGCCGGUGAUGGUGGCCAGAUACGAUUUUGGUCGGACACGUGGCUCUCCGAUAGACCGUUAGGAGAUCAAGCAGUGGUGGAGUUACCUCCAAUGGCUUCAUCGGUGUUAGUAAAAGAUGUGUGGAGGGACGGUGCAGGCUGGGACCUUGCCAGCAUAGAGCCGUUCUUGUCGGAGAACAGUAAACUGGAGCUGAUGGCGGUUGUGGUGGACCAUGUUACCGGAGCCUCCGACCGGCUAGCCUGGAAGGGAAACGCCGAUGGUGAGUUCUCGGUAACAUCAGCAUAUCAGUUAGUUACACGAGAAACAUUGCCCCUGCCAAAUAUGGAGUCGUUCUUUGAUCGCGUGUGGAGAGUGGCAGUCCCGGAGAGGGUGCGGGUCUUUAUCUGGCUUGUUAGCCAACAGGUGAUCAUGACAAAUGUGGAAAGGAGGAGACGCCACCUUAGUGAUACGGAUGUCUGUUCUGUGUGUAAAGGAGACUUUGAAACACUCAUUCACAUUCUACGAGAUUGCCCAGCGAUGUUAGGGAUUUGGGAGAGAAUAGUACCAACCCGAAAGCGUCAUCAGUUCUUCAGUCAGACGCUGUUGGAAUGGGUGUUCGAUAAUCUGCAGCUAGAGACGAAUGUGGAGGAGCCCCCUUGGUCCAUAAUGUUUGCCAUGGGAGUCUGGUGGGGCUGGAAGUGGAGAUGUGGGAAUGUAUUUGGUGAGAAGCGCUUGUGCCGAGACCGGGUUCAGUUUGUAAAGGAACUAGCGGCUGAGGUGUGGCGAGCAAACAAAGCAUCAGGGCAGCAUGUUGCUCCGAGAGCUCGGGUGGAAAGGCAGAUUGGUUGGGAGUUCCCAAACAGUGGAUGGUUUAAAUUAAACACGGACGGGGCGUCCCCAUGGUAA